GCAAGGAGGAGGGGCACCUUUUCCUGACCAGAUUGCAGGAAGAGCCUUGCCGACUUUCUCCUUCUCGCAAGGCCUCAACCUUUUCCAGGCCACACAGGCACCGUCGAGCAGACAACACACCCUGCUGUCGCUCUCCGCCUGACGACCCCUUGCUUGAUGCCUCAUCCCGUUUCGCCGCCCACCAUGGUGGCCAAGUUGGGCGAGGCGCCUCCCCCGCCGUCCCCUGAGGAUGUUGCGGCUAUUCUGAACAACGUCUUUUCUGCCAGCACAUCCGCAGCCUCCAUCGACGCUUCAUAUGCACUGUGCGAUCUCCUCAUCAACACCGUCGGAGCCCACGGCCUGCAGCAAUACGGAAUCCUUGCCGAGAUCAAGAAGGCUGCCGCCGACAAGAAGAGCGGCCUGCGUCGCGAGUCCGCCCAGAACUGCCUUGGCGCGAUUUUCGAACGCUUCCCUGCUCGCCAGCCCAUCAGCGAGGUGGUUCUUCUGGAAGACCCUUCCCUCGUCGGCUGUGCCCUUGACGCCCUUGCCGAUAAGGGGGCUGUCGUUCGCGAUGCUGCACAGUACGGCCUUGAUGCUCUCUUCGGCCACCUCAGCCCUGAGGCGAUGGUGGUCGGCCUUCUCCCUGCUCUGAUCGCCUACCUCUCCAAGAAGACUGGAAAGUGGCAGGGCACUGUCGGCGCUCUCAAGCUCAUGCAGAGAAUGGCCGACAAGGCCAAGAUGGAAGUCGGGUGCACCAAGGAGCAAGCGCAGGAUAAGGAUACUCUCCGAGAGACCAUGGGUGCUAAGCUUGCGACUUUAUUCCCCAUCGUCGAAGGCAACAUGCACGACUUGAAGGGCGAAGUCGAGAAACAGGCUGUCACCACCAUGGAGUCGCUGACUUCUCUCCUGACCAACGACGACGUGAUCCCUCGUCUUCCUCUUCUCAUCGAGUCCAUGCACCACCCCUCGACUCAGAGUCUUCAGAAAGCUAUCCACGCCUUGUCUCAGACUACCUUUGUUGCUAUCGUCACAUCUCCCGUCCUCGGACUCCUCACACCCUUCCUCGAGCGAAGUUUGAACAACCCGUCCACCAACCAGGAGGUUCUCCGCCAGACUGUCGUCAUCACCGAAAACUUGACCAAGCUCGUACACGACCCGAUCGAGGCGCGGACAUUCCUGCCGAAACUCCAGCCUGGAGUGAAGAGUGUCGUGGACCGGGCGUCACUGCCUGAGGUCCGCGAGAUUGCCAACCGCGCCCUUCAGGUCAUGGACAAGGCCAUGGCAGGUGAGGAGGAAGUUGAGGAGCGCAUUUCUGCCGCCGACGUCGCCAAGAUCCUUGAUGCCGAGGUUAAGAAGACCGCCACCAAAGUCAGCGACCCGGCGUUCUUCAAGAUCGCCACUCCCUACAUUUGCGGAAUGGUCGCGGAGGACGUCAACCACAGAUUCAUUGACAGAAUCGCUGCUCGCAUCACACCAUACCUCAAGAGUCUUUUGUCUUCGGAUGCCAGCGAGGCUGUGGCCUCGGGUGUCCACGAGCAUUACUUGGCCGAGGAUCAGCGCAAGUUCGGUGUGCCGGAAAAGGAGGACGACGGUGAGACUGAGAUCGUCAACGCGGACUUCUCGCUUGCCUACGGUGGUAUGCUGCUACUGUCUCACACAAACCUCAGGCUCCUCAAGGGUCAUCGUUACGGCCUGUGUGGUCGCAACGGUGCUGGAAAGUCUACCCUGAUGAGAAGUAUUGCCAGCGGCAAGCUUGAGGGUUUCCCCCCUCAGGACGUGCUGCGCACUUGCUACGUAGAGCACAACCAGGGAGAGGACGCCGACAUUAGCAUUCUCGACUUCAUGGUCAAGGAUCCCACCAUUGCCUCUGAGGGCCGUGAGCGCAUUUCCGAAGUCUUGGCUGAGUUUGGCUUCACUGCCGGCCCUGAGGGUCGCCAGAGCCAGAAGGUCGGAUCUCUCUCUGGUGGUUGGAAGAUGAAGCUUGCCUUGGCUCGUGCCAUGCUGCAAAAGGCUGACGUCCUUCUCCUCGACGAACCGACCAAUCACCUCGAUGUUGCCAACAUUGCAUGGUUGGAGCAGUACCUCAAGUCCCACACGGACAUUACCAGUCUCAUCGUGUCUCACGACUCCGGUUUCCUCGACAACGUCACAACCGACAUUUACCACUACGAGCCUGGCAAGAAGCUAGGCCACUUUAAGGGCAACCUCAAUGCCUUCGUCCAGGUCAGGCCUGAGGCCAAGGCAUACUAUACGCUGUCCGCCUCCAACGUGCAGUUCAAGUUCCCGCCGCCUGGAAUCCUCUCUGGUGUCAAGUCCAAUACUCGUGCCAUUAUUCGCAUGUCCAACGUGUCAUACCAAUACCCCAAGGCGCCCAAGCCAUCGCUCAGCGAUGUCACUUGCCAGCUUACGCUGUCUUCACGCGUGGCUGUCAUUGGUCCCAAUGGUGCAGGCAAAUCUACUCUCAUCAAGAUCCUUACUGGCGAAGUCAUCCCCACGACUGGAAGGGUCGAGAAGCACCCUAACCUUCGUAUUGGGUACAUCAAGCAACAUGCUUUGGAGCACGUGGAGAUGCAUCUCGAGAAGACCCCCAACCAGUACCUUCAGUGGCGCUAUGCGAACGGUGAUGACCGGGAGGUCUUCCUGAAGCAGACUCGCAUCCUGUCAGACAAGGACAGGGAGCAGAUGGAGAAGCUCAUCGACCUCGGAGAUGGCAAGGGUGGUCGCCAGGUGGAAGCCCUUGUUGGAAGGCAGAAGUACAAGAAGACCUUCCAGUACGAAGUUAAAUGGAAAGCCUGGCUUCCCAAAUAUAACUCGCAGGUAUCUCGCGAGACCCUGGUCGAGUGGGGCUUCGAUAAGCUCAUUCAGGAGUUCGAUGACCACGAGGCAUCGCGCGAAGGUCUCGGUUUCCGUGAGCUCCAGCCCUCUGUCAUUUCCAAGCACUUCGAGGAUCUUGGUCUGGACCCCGAGAUUGCCAACCACAACGAGAUUGGCGGUCUCUCUGGAGGCCAGAAGGUCAAGGUCGUCAUUGCUGGUGCCAUGUGGAACAACCCCCACUUGCUCGUGCUGGACGAGCCGACUAACUUCUUGGACCGUGACUCUCUCGGCGGCCUGGCUGUCGCUAUCCGCGACUUCAAGGGUGGUGUGGUCAUGAUUUCUCACAACGAGGAGUUCGUUGGCGCGCUUGCCAGCGAGCAGUGGCACAUUGUCGACGGACGCAUGACCAUGAAGGGGCAGACUGCUAUCUCGAUGGACCGCUUCGAGGACAGUAAGCCUGGUAGUCCCUUUGCCAGCACCGUUGCCAGCACCGUCGCCAGCAGCGCCGCCACAAGUGCCGUCAACAGCGGUGUGGAAGACAAUACGCCACUCACCUUCCGCGCCCGCAAGAAGAAGAAGAAGACCAAGAAGGAGCUCAAGGAGCAGGAGGUUCGCCGCCGUCUCCGCCACAUUGAGUGGCUCAGCAGCCCCAAGGGUACCCCUCAUCCGCCUGAUUCAGAUGACGAUGAAUGAGGUGUUUGAUCCUGCCCUUCACCCUUCGGCACAUGUUGCUCCGCGUGGCCGGAGCUCGUGCCGAACCCUUUGGUUCAGCGAUUUUCACAAAUUAUAGACUGGUUUCAUCGCAGGCGGGUUUUGCUUUGGACAAAAGAGUCGCACUUCGCGACUGAUGACGACAGCAUGCAAGAGAUGAGGAAGCGGAAAUCCGGGGUCGGACAUCGUGAGGCAUAAAUAUAGAACACGAGGAGGAUGAUGGUUUCUAGAGGUUGCAGGUUUGCUGCAGGGGGGGAGUGGGCUGGGCGUUUCUCAUCUUGCUAAGAUAAUUUUGCUCGUAUUGGGUACACGCAUAUAGACUUGAGGCAGACAACAUAGAUCCGGGGCAUUUCAUGCAAUAUGACUGGAUUACCAGAG